GUGAGCAGCAGAUUGGAGAUGAGUCGAGAUAGUGGAUGAAGAAGCACCAGAUAACAACCAGCUGAUGAUGAUGACGAUAAAGAUGCUGCAGAGGAUGAUGUUUCCUGCAGCUCACACUGCACCUGCUCCUCUUCCUCCUCUCCUCUGCGAGCACAGCUGACAUUGAGUUGACCUCUUCUGCCUCUUCCCCCUGAAAAGCAUGGAGGAGGCCGCUGGGGACCCAGAAACCACACUGGACCCGCCGCGUCUACUGGAGCGGCGGGCCCGCCAGAGACAGUCCACGGCCUCAACGCUAAAAUCCAAGAUGAAGCGGGGCAUGAACUGCUCCGCACCCAGAGUCCGAUCCACUCUGGCCGGGUUCUUCCCUGUGGUACGCUGGCUGCCCAAAUACAGGCUCAGAGAGUACGUCUGGGGUGAUGUGAUGUCCGGGUUGAUUGUGGGUAUCAUCUUGGUACCGCAGGCCAUCGCCUACUGCCUGCUGGCGGGAGUGGAGCCCAUCUAUGGUUUAUACACGUCCUUCUAUGCCAACAUCAUCUACUUCCUCAUGGGGACAUCCAAGCACGUUUCUGUGGGGAUCUUUAGCCUCAUGAGCCUCAUGGUUGGACAGGUGGUGUAUAGGGAGGUUUUCUUGGCUGGUUUUGAUCUCAGUGAUGAUUCCAAAGCAUCCGGAGCUGGUGUCUUAAAUGAUUCAAUGGGCCUAAACCUAACACUAGGGAAUGUACACAGUGUGGAGCUGAUGGGCAUGCAGUGUGGGAAGGAGUGUUACGCCAUCAGUACAGCUACCGCACUUACAUUAAUGGCUGGCAUCUACCAGAUCAUGAUGGCGGUGUUUCGUCUCGGCUUCGUCUCAGUCUACCUUUCAGACUCCAUGCUCGAUGGCUUUGCCACCGGAGCCUCUUUCACCAUUCUGACCGUGCAGGCUAAAUACCUGCUAGGCCUAAAGAUUCCCCGUCACCAGGGUUACGGCACAGUUGUAGUGACCUGGAUCAACAUCUUUGCCAACAUCCACACUACCAACUUCUGUGACCUCAUCACAAGUGCGAUCUGUAUCUUCAUAUUAGUGGCAGGGAAAGAGAUCCAGGAGCGCUACAAGGAUCGUCUGAAGAUCCCUCUACCGACUGAGCUGGUAGUGGUGGCGGGAGCUACACUGGCCAGCCAUUUUGGAAACCUGAACACCAAUUAUGGGUCCAGUAUCUCUGGUCACAUACCCACAGGAUUCAUUCCCCCCAGUGUGCCCAGCGUUGAGCUGAUGUCAAGAGUGGCUCUAGAUGCUAUUCCUCUUGCUGUCAUUAGUUUUGCCUUUACGGUGUCACUGUCCGAGAUGUUUGCCAAGAAACAUGGCUACACGGUUCGUCCCAACCAGGAGAUGCUGGCCAUUGGGUGCUGUAACAUCAUCCCCUCCUUCUUCCACUGUUUCACCACUAGUGCAGCGCUCGCAAAAACAAUGGUGAAGGAUUCGACGGGCUGCCAGACACAGGUCUCCAGUCUGAUCAGCGCUCUGGUCGUCCUUCUCAUCCUGCUCUUCUUCGCGCCUUUUUUCUACGCACUCCAGAAAUGUGUUCUUGCCUGCAUUAUCAUCGUCAGCCUUCGGGGAGCGCUGAGGAAGGUCAGGGACGUCCCUGCCAGGUGGCGUGCCAGUCGGAAUGACGCAAUUGUUUGGCUGGUCUCAAUGUCCGCCACAGCUCUGAUCAGUGUAGAGCUGGGCCUCCUGGUUGGAAUUGUCUUUUCCAUGAUGUGCAUUAUCGUUAAGACUCAGAACGCUAAGUUCUCUCUGAUGGGCCGGGCCAACAACUCUGACCUUUACGAGGAUGUGGACGAGUACAAGAACCUCACACCGCCGCCCCGGGUUCAGGUCUUCCGCUUUCAUUCUCCUCUGUACUACGCCAACAAGGACACUUUCCUCAAAUGUCUCUACAAAACUGUUGGGGUUGAGCCUUUCUUAGAGAUGACAAAGCGGAGGAAGGCGGAGAAGAAAGCCAAAGAGAUGUCCCUGCAGCAGGCCAACGCAAACUGUGAUAAAAAAAAUGGGGAGGUGGUUAUUGGACUUGUCCAAAGGGAGCUGGAGUUCCACGCGAUAGUCUUGGACUGCUCCGCAAUUCCUUUCAUGGACUCAGCAGGCACGGCUGCGUUCACAGGCCUGGUCAAGGAAUAUAAAGAGAUCGGGGUGAACGUGCUCCUCGCCAGCUGUAACACAUCGGUCAUUGAUACUCUGCGGAAGGGACAGUUCUUUGGGAAGAACGACAAAGACAUGAGCAGCCUGCUGUUUCACACGGUUCACACGGCAGUUCUGUACGCAAACAGUCUCCAGAGCAGUAAAGAAAGUGAAGCAGACUGACCGACAGACAGACAGAUAGAAAGACUGUAGCUUUUUCUUGAGUUAAGUUAAUCAUUUUACAGUUUAAUGUUCACACUUUUGUGUCUCUUAGUUUUAGUCCAACUUGAUAUAGAAUUCACUUUUUAAUCUCCAAGUUGUGCUUUCAAGAAGUUAACUACACAGGAUUUUUAUUUUCUGUCAUAAAUAUCACCUUAUCACCUUCUGAGUGAUGACCUAGUUAGAUAUAAUUAUCAAAAAUUUUUUAUCAACUGUAUGAAAGUCAAUUUGCCAAAUGCAAACUUGCCAAAGGUACAACUUGUAUCAACCAACUGACUUUUUCUGUGUUCCUGGGUUGACUCAGUCUUUAUAUUUGUUACACUCUUUUUAAAAAAAUAAAUACAUUUCAAGGUGA